AAUCUAUUCUAAACUCCAGAGUGACAGUUAAACUUGAAAUCGAUUCCAAUGGGCUGUAUGCUCGAACUCCUUAACAGCAUCAGAUAGAUACCAAAGUCAAGACAACAAGAAACGCAUCACUAUCUCAACUUAUAAAUGAAAACCUGUAAGCUCACAUCGACAUCUCCUUCCCUCACAAGAGAAAACUAAACUCACUUUCCCUCCUUUUCUAGGCUAUUUCUAUUUCCCCAUCCCCCAAACAUUCCCGUGUGAGUAACAUGAAGGUGUCAUCGUCUCCCAAGGUCAGCAAACACGUGGAGUGUCUCAGACUUCUUCAGAGCCAACAUGAUGAGCUGGAAGCACAGUUUCUUGAGGAGAGAAGGGCAUUAGAAGCUAAAUACAACAAGCUUUAUCAACCACUAUACACUAAGAGAUAUGAGAUUGUGAAUGGUCUAAAAGAAGUUGACGGGGUUAUGUCUGCUAAAUUAGACAGCAUAAAAGUGGAUCAAGCUAUAGAAGAGAAAGGAGUGCCUGAAUUCUGGCUCACUGCAAUGAAAACUCAUGAAGUACUAGCAGAGGAGAUUAAGGGACAAGAUGAAGGAGCCCUAAAGUUCAUAAAAGAUAUCAAGUGGUCGAGACUUCAAAAUCCUGAGGGUUUCGAGCUGGAGUUUUACUUCAACCCUUGUCCUUACUUCAAAAAUUCUGUCCUGACAAAGACUUAUCACAUAAUUGAUGAAUCUGAUCCUAUUUUGAGUCAAGCAAUUGGAACGGAAAUUGAAUGGUUUCCUGGGAAAUGCUUGACGACGAAGGUGAUUGUGAAGAAGAAACCAAGAAUGGGGUCAAAGAUUGCCAAAACCAUCACAACAAUUAAGAAGAGUGAAAGUUUCUUCACAUUCUUUACUCCUCCUCGGAUCCUUGAGAAUGAGGAUGACCGAGAUGAUGAUGCUUAUGAUGAACUUCAGGACCGGAUAGAACAGGACUACAAUGUAGGUAUUAUUAUUCGGGACAAAAUCAUUCCACAUGCCAUGUCAUGGUUUACUGGAGAGGUUAUCAAGGAUGAUGAGUUGGAUGGUAUAGAUUAUGAUGAAAAUGAUAAUGAUGACGAGGAUAAGGAUGAAGUUGAGAUUGAGGAAGAAGAGAAAACAAAACAAGGUGUGAGGGACAUCAAAGAGGACCAUGAAGAGGAUGAGGAAGAGAAAAAUGAAAGUAAAUGGGGCUUGAAGAAGAAUGAUGAUGAGGAUGAGGCUAAAGAUGAGGAGAAUAAUGAUAGGGAUGAGGAGGAUAAUGAAAGCGAUAAGAAGGCUGAGCAAGAAGAGAAAAGAAAACAAGGUGUGAAGAAGGACAUCAAAGAGGACCAUGAUGAGGAUGAAGGUGAAGAAAAUGAAAGGAAAUGGGGUCUGAAGAAGGAUGAUGAUAACAAUAAUGUUGAUGAUGAUGAGGCUAGUGAUGAGGAGAAUGAUAAUAGGGAGAAUGAGGACAACGAAAGCGACAAGAAGGCUAAGCAAGAAGAGAAAAGAAAACAAGGUGUGAAGAAGGACAUCAAAGAGUACCAUGAUGAGGAUGGGGACGAGGAAAAGGAGAGAAAAUGGGGUCUGAACAAGGAUGAUGAUGAUAACAAUGAAGAUGAGGCUAGAGAUGAGGAGAAUGAUAAUAGGGAUAAUGAGGACAAUGAAGGAGACAAGAAGGCUAAGCAAGAAGAGAAAAGAAAACAAGGUGUGAAGAAGGACAUCAAAGAGUACUAUGAUGAGAAAAAAGAGAGAAAAUGGGGUCUGAACAAGGAUGAUAAUGAUGAAGAUGAUGCUGAAGAUGAGAAGAAUGAUGAUGGGGAUAACGAGGAUAAUGAAAGUGACAAGAAGGCUGAGCAAGAAGAGAAAAGAAAACAAGGUAUGAAGAAGGACAUCAAAGAGGACUAUUGUGAGGGUGAGGAAAAGGAACAAAAAUGGGUUCUAAAAAAGGUUGAUAAUGAUGAUGAGGAGGAGGAUGAGGUUGAACAUGAUAAAGAUGAUGAUUGGGAUGAGGAGGACAAUGAUGAUGAUGAUGAUGAU